CGGGGAGGGGGACCCGCGGGCUGGUAAUUUUGCCUCUGAGCGCGUGCGAGGGUGUUCGUUGGCCUUGAGCUUCGAAUUCACGCUAUCACCACCAGAGCUUGCCGCGCGUGCCGCCUCGCGCACCUUGUCUUUCCCGUCGGUGUGAGACCCGCGUAUCUCUUGAGAGGGCAUGCUGAGGCUACUUGCACGCUAAUUUGCUUCGGCUGUUCCUGUACCAUCCAGGUGCAGCUGCCCCCAGGUCACUGCAGCCCACAGCCCGCGCGCCAGGAUUCCACUCGAGAGCGGAAUUUCUCCAGACCGCCGAAGUCCAAAUUGCACUCGCCGGGAUCCCAGCGAGACGUGGGUGGGAGAGCAUCCAAAGUGUAAGGGAUGAAGGUCACAAUCUCAGGAGGAGCAGCGUUUGUUCUCGGUCCCGAAGUCGUUUGGUGUUGAUUUGUUGGUCGCCCAGUUCGAUCACAUAAGAUUGCCGCUUCAAAACCAAAUCCGAACACAAUAAAGUUACCCAUUAAGCUUUACCCGUCUGGGCAACAUGAGUGCGACAGCGGCGCAGCAUGUCUUCCAGAGUGCAUGUGUUCCUUGGAUGCCGCCCUCCGACUCGGAGACAGUGCCAGCGUGUGAGUGGGUGGCAAACUCGCCCGCUGGAGGGAGGGAGUGUACGAGGUGCGGAGGAAGAAAGACGAUCUGCAGCAGGGCCCACAGCUCGAGCAGCAUGGGGGACCCUAUCGGCGCCCUGUGGCCCUUCCUGGCGCUUGCGGUGCUGGGGCCUGCGGGAGCCGAUGGGUUGCUGCUGGAGGGCUGGGUGCCCCAGGAGGAGCACUUCCACAAGUUUCUGGGGAAGUUUGUUGUGGACUUCAACACAGCUGGGACAAACGUCGCCCAGGUCGAGACGCUGGUACAUCCACUGGGCGACGUCAAAAUUGGCGCUGGCAGGUUCUACCUUGCCGCCUUCGACGACGAGGAGGGCCACUGGCAGCGCAUUCGGGACAGCUGGGAGACGACGAGUUGCCCCGAGUUGUUGAAAAGCGCGUCGUGGUCACAGACAAUCGUGAUGUCGUCGAACGGCGAUUGGAACAACACGUUCGGUGUUCGUCAGAGGUUGCGGCCCCGCUUCUGGUACUUCGCGCUCUUGGGGUGUGGCGUGGAGACAACCGUGCCGCUGCGCUAUUCACUUCACGUGACAAACACGAAUUUUGGUUGGCAGAGCGAGGUGCCAGUCGAUCACAAGGAUAUGAUUAUCAUCAACACGCUGUUCGUAAUCGCUUUCUUUCUCACCACCCUGACAACUGCGUGGGCGGCGCGAUGGAGAGAGGUGAUGCGCAAGAGUCCCUUGCGGGAUCACCCAUACCUGCAGCUGUUGCUCUGCUCGCAGGUGGCCUCCUUUGCGUCGUGCGCACUGUGGGUGUUGCACGACUGCCUGUACCUGCGAUCUGGCAUGGGAUCCAUGCGACUGGGGUUCCUCGCGACCAUGUCUGCGACGGUUGCUUCCAGCACCGUGUUCUUGAUCGUCAUUUUGGCGAGCACCGGGUGGGCCAUCGUCACAGCGACGUUGCCAUGUCGGCGGGUUUUCUUGGGCAUGGUCGCCACUGUCGGGGGGCUGUCAGCUCUAUGUGAGCUCCACGCAGACACCACCACCACCCAGUCGUCUGAGCUCUACGCCUACCAGAGCCUUCCGGGAUUCGUCGCGUUGGCGCUGAAGGUGUUCAUUUUUUGGUGGUUUUUGUUCCAAGUGAAAUCCACCCACGAGGACGAGUGGGACAAGCGGCGGCGCAGGUUUUAUCGGACGAAGUGCUCGCCAUUUGCACGACACUUUUGGCUUUACACUCACCUGUCAGCGUCGUCUUGUCUUACUCUAUUGCUCCAUGGUACCGAUACAGGGUGGUGGCGGUCGUGGACAUUUGCACUCGGUGGAUUGGUCAAGCAGCUCUAUCGUGGCUCUUCCUUGGUAGCCACAGCCCGAUAUCCUUGGACAACGCCUUCUCUCCUCAGGGGCCUGCGGCUGCGAACACCGCCCAUGGUGAUUUUGGAGCCAACCAGACUGAGUUCCAGAGCCUUGCGGAUGACGUCGGGCGCCCCAGCCUCUCUAUAUGAAAACGCUGGCUAGCUUGUCUUCAAGCCUAGGUUCACUGAACAGUCAGUGCUGCAAGGCUUCUUUUACACAGCCGCUGAGAAGGCACACAGUGAGGCACCAGCCGCGUCGGUGGACCUUGGGAUAUGAUGUUGAGGAUCUCUCGGAAGGGUGAGUUUGUUUGAGAUACGACAGGAUGUCGUUCUCCGAGGGGCAACUACAGAUGUUGCAUCUUGCGUGCACCUAGUGAGCCUGCGUCUGGCGCAAUCGAUUUGAAUCCACUGAGCCUCACGAGUGUGACCUUAUGGGCGCUGGUUUUCGCAGAGAAAAAACCGCGGUGUUUGCUGUCUGGGAAACCGCCCAGGAAUCGAUUUGUUCUGCCAUGGCACGACGAUCCGACUUUUCAGUUUGGCCGACAACGCCAUUGCAAGAGCAACCCGCGACAAGUUGUGUUGUGUCGCGAUUGCUUUUAGGUUGUCGUGAGGCUUGUGCUACAAUAUCAGAUUG